CCUGAUGGCCCACAAACCCCACACACACAUACAUGUAUAUAAGACACGGCCCACAACCCUCGUCUCAAUGUUUUUCACUAAAAAUAUCAAUCCAAGGUGGUCCUGCUGCCUUCAUCUCUUCUAAUGUCUUAACAGGGUUUUUGUCCUCGCUUUAAUUGAGCUAUCACUUCAGGGUUUUCGAUUAAAGUUAUCCUUACAUAUAGCAAUGGAUAAAGAGGACAACUUCUCGGUAAACUAUACGGCUUUAGAUUACACUCUAGACCACCAUAAUCAUCAGCAACAAGAUCAAGAAUUCACUAAGUCGCGAAUUAGUGAAGCUUCUGGCGAUAACAGCAACGGGAUGAUCGAUUAUAUGCUCAAUAAUCCUCAUCCUCAUCAGCAGCAACUAUCUUCUGGGUUUUGCACUUCAACUUCUCUUGAUAAACUGAGUUUCGCAGAUGUUAUGCAAUUUGCAGAUUUUGGGCCGAAGUUGGCGUUAAAUCAAACGAGAAUAUCUGAGGAAGAAACUGGUAUUGAUCCAGUUUACUUCCUGAAGUUUCCUGUAUUGAACGAUAAGAGGGAGGGACAGUCUCUAAUGGUUCCUCAACUAAGUGGGGAAAAUAAAGCAGGAAUCAUGGGAGAAGAUAGGGCUGUUAGAGAGGAAGAAGAAGCUAGGGUUUCAGACAAUACGUCGGUGCAACUCCAGUUUCUUGGAGAUCAAGAUCUUCAAAACAAGAACCCAAUACCUGAGGCGAAGAACAAGAGAAAAAGGCCAAGAACUAUCAAGACAAGCGAGGAAGUGGAAAGCCAAAGAAUGACUCAUAUUGCAGUGGAAAGAAAUCGAAGGAAGCAAAUGAAUGAACAUCUCCGAGUUCUGAGGUCUCUCAUGCCGGGAUCUUACGUACAAAGGGGAGACCAAGCUUCGAUUAUUGGCGGAGCCAUUGAGUUCGUGAGGGAAUUGGAGCACCUCCUUCAAUGCCUAGAAUCUCAAAAGCGGCGAAGGCUCUAUGGAGAAGGUUCAAGGCAGAUGGGAGAUUCGUCUCUUGCAAUCCAGCAACCUCAACCUCCAUUUUUCCCUCCUUUGCCUCUUCAAAAUGAUCAAAUGAAACUCGUGGACUUCGAAACCGAGCUCCGAGAGGAAACUGCUGAGAACAAGUCAUGCUUGGCUGAUGUUGAGGUGAAGGUUUUAGGGUUUGAUGCUAUGAUCAAGAUUCUAUCUAGGAGAAGGCCAGGUCAGCUCAUUAAGACAAUUGCAGCUCUAGAAGAUUUGCAACUUAAUAUCCUCCACACCAACAUUACUACCAUUGAACAAACUGUUCUCUAUUCAUUCAAUGUCAAGAUUGCAAGCGAAUCUAGGUUCACAGCAGAAGAUAUUGCAAGCUCGGUUCAACAGAUAUUCAGUUUUAUCCAUGCAAACAGCAGCAUGUGAUGUAAUUUACUAAGG